CGUAUUUUACGGGACGCCGUAUACGACGCGGUUUGACGCGCUUUUUCCGGUACAUAUUGCGCUGCGUCUUUGUCGGCGGCGUCAUUCUGCUUGGUCGUCCCGUCCGCCGCACCUACGUGAGAAACGCGCAUCCGAGACCCAAGUCCGAGACCGGUGGAUUUUUUCGAACCAUGGCAGUCAACAACAAUAUAAUGGUCCGACUGUUGGUUAUAGAGAUCACGUUUUUGAUAUUAGCCGUCGUCAACUCUUACCCGGCGUUUGAAGAUAGCGAAUUUAAACAUAAAAACAGAGACAAAGGAAGAACUAUAAGAGGUUUCAAAAAUAUGGACUUAUCUACAGCUAGAGGGUUCGGUAAACGAACCGACCAUUACAUGAAUUUAAUGCCAUUGGAUUUAUUUGUGGACAACAAAGAAGAUAGCUUCAAUCAAAAUAUACCGAUGGAAGUGUCUUUGGAAAAAAUAUUGAAGAGCAAAUACAAACAUUUUAUCGAAAAGCUAAUCGAUGUCAACCACGAUGGUUAUAUUUCCGGAGAAGAAUUGCUGCAGUCAAUUGAUGGUGAAUCAUAAUAAAAAGUUAUAAAUAAAUAUAAAUUAUAUAUAUUAUUAAAGUCAGUUUCACUUACAAAUAAUUUGAUUGUAAAUGUCUUCAAAAUUAAAAAAAUAUAUAUAUUAAUGUAAUUGUCAUUGUAGCGAAUUUGUUUCAUCUAAGUGGAAAUGUACGUAGGUAGGUACUUUAGUUUUAUGAUUGUAAUAAUAAUCAACCACCAUUUUAUGUAGUAGUACCUAUAAAACAUUGACUUUUUCGAAAAUUAAAAUUGAUACUUAAGAUGAAAAGCAGGAUCUAUAUAUACAUGAUAUAUUUGAUGGUUGUUAAAAUAUUGUUUAUGCUUAAAAAAUGCUAAAAUAUAAAUAUAUAUGUAUUCUG